AUGCGCCUGGGGCUGAAGAUGGUUGAAGAGGGCGUUGUGUUCUGGGGGGGAGGAAGGCACCGUGCUUCCAAAGGGCCAGCAAGUGAUAGCUACAAGGCUGGCGUGUUCUAUGCGAAUCAGUUUCAGUACCCGAGGCAAGUGUUGGUGGAUUGGGAGCGCUCACAGGCUGCCACCUACGAUCGCGCAGGCCUCUUCAUCUUCUGGGACUUGGCUUGCGGCCGCGCCUCGCAUACGAUCCUUGCCCAUGAAGGCAUGGUGCUUGAUGCUGAAGUGGACUGGGGCGACACGGCUCGCAGUGUCACAGUGGGGUCCGACUGCCGCAUUGCGGCGUGGACUGCCGACCGGCAGGUGUGCAGCAUCCGUUUACAAGGAGAGGAUGGGGAUCUCGAUGACCUGGUGGAUGGUGGCUUAGAAGUCCAUUGGAAGACCAGCCGCCUUGUGACCUGCUGGGACCGUGCCGUGUGGGUCUGGGACUUAGCCACCGGCCGUACCCUCCACACGCUGCGCGCUCCUGCAGGCAGCGUCAAAGGCUUCAACGUGGAUUGGGACUCGUCGCGCUGCGUUGCAUGGGUCUCCGGCGGCCAGUGCUUGCUCUGGUGCCUCCGAACGGGUCAGCUGCUGGAGAAGCUCAUCGGGCCAACCUCCGCGAUCUGCGGACUGGCAUGCUGCUGGGAGGAGGACAUUAGCGCCCCGCGCUGUGCUGUCCGCGCAGCUGCGCGGACACACCAACGUCGUCGCAGGCGCUGA